ACACCGCGGCGCCUUACUUCAAAAUACUACCGUAUGGAUUUCUGAAUUUCAACUUUUGCUACAAUGCCUCUAUCGACCCAGUCUCAGCCUGACGAUGAACAGUACGCCUUAGUGGCAAGUUUGGAUAAUGCCCGUAAUCUGUCCAACAUCCUGAAAGCUAUCACCUUCAAGGACCAUGCCAUUUUCACCGCUACACCAAAUGGUCUAAAAGUCACUGUGGAGGACUCCAAAUGUCUUCAAGCCAAUGCUUUUAUCCAGGCUGAGAUCUUCCAAGAGUUCACCAUCAAGGAGGACUUGGUGGGUUUUCAGGUCAACCUCACUGUUCUCCUAGACUGCCUCAAUAUCUUUGGAGGAACCACAGUACCAGGAGUAUCAACAGCCUUGCGGAUGUGCUACAGGGGGUAUGGUUACCCUCUGACUCUGUUCCUGGAGGAGGGUGGCGUGGUGACUGUUUGUAAGAUCAACACAGAAGAACCAGAAGAGCCAAUUGACUUUGACUUCUGUAGCACCAACGUCACAAACAAGGCGAUCCUGCUCUCGGAGAGUCUGAAGGAGGCCUUUUCUGAACUGGACAUGACCAGCGAGGUGCUGCAGAUCACCAUGUCCCCUAGCCAGCCGUACUUUCGGUUAUCCACAUUUGGGAACUCUGGAAAUGCGCAUUAUGAUUAUCCCAAAGACUCAGACAUGAUGGAGCUUUUCCGUUGCACCAAGACACAAACCCACAGGUAUAAGAUGUCCUUACUGAAGCCGUCCACCAAGGCUUUGGCUUUGUCCUGUAAAGUUUCUGUGAGGACAGACAGCAGAGGAUUCCUCUCUCUGCAGUACCUGGUCAGGAACGAUGAUGGACAAAUCUGCUUUGUAGAAUAUUAUUGUUGCCCCGAUGAGGAAAUGGAGGAGGAGGAGGAGGAAUGA